AUGGCAAGUAUCGAAACUGAUAAGGACGAAAAAGGCAAUAAGAGUUCAACACAGGUUGUCAUUAUCACAUCAAUAGAUGAUCAUGAUAACGAUAAAAUUCUCUCGUAUCUCGAUCCAUCGAAUGUCGAAACAUUUAUCUUCGACUGGAAUAAAAAAAGUUCAAUGAAUGGAUGUGAAGAUUCCGUUACGAAUAAGAAACGAUCGUUUUCAUUCUCGGAACAAGAUACAUUUUCCGACGCCACGCAAAAUGCGACGAUAAAGAAACGGAAAGCUGACUUAACAUGUGUAGUUUGCAGUGGACAUGCGAUUGGAUACAAUUUCGGACAAAUUACCUGCGAAUCUUGCAAAGGUUUGAAUGAUUUGUAUUAUCAAGAAAUGCUUAUUAUUGUAUCUUUAGCAUUCUUUCGUCGCAAUGCUUUACAAUCAAUUGAAAAAACCAAAUGCUUAAGGAGUAAAAGUCUGUUGACUGAAAUCCAAUGCGAAAUUCGACAUGAUAUGAAACAUAAAUGCCAACGCUGUCGAUUAUUGAAAUGUUUCGAACAAGGUAUGCGAAAAGAUUACAUCUUAACUCCCGAACAAAAAAUGUCCAAACAAAAGCAUCUGGAGGAAAAUCGUCGAUUACGAAAUGACAAUCCUUCAGUAACAACGGACUCUUUUAAAUCUCUCACACCAAUCGUAAGUCCAACAUCUGAAAAGCCUACAAGUGUCCAAACUCAUCAUCCAUCACCGUCAACACAAACAUUAAGCGAAUCCGAUUGGUCAUGUAUAUCACAAAUUCAAAAUGCUUACUUUUCGGCAUCUCAAUCCGUUCCAUCGGCAUCGUCGGUCAUAUCAUUCGAAUUAGCACCUGAUAAAAUGGCCGCAUAUAUGAAUACUUUGGACAUACACAAUCACAUGGCCAUCAGAUUGAUUAAUUUCGUACGAGCCAUUCCGGAAUUUGACGAACUUGACGAACGAGACCGUGUCAUCCUCGUCAAGUAUAAUUUAUCACUGGCAAUGUUCGUACGUCAUUCAUUAAACUUCGAUACGGCAAGGGAAUUAUGUUAUGAUGUUGAUACACAUGAUGGAAUUUCACCUAGUGACGAAGCAUUUGCUCAACAUUGUAAGAGUCUCUUCAUUCUUUGUUAUGGGUACGAGCUUAAUCGAAUGCUCAUCUCGAUUCUUCAUUCCCUUGUCGAUCUCGUUAACAAAGAUCCAAUUGUUGUUCAACUAUUGAUGGUCAUUGCAAUAUUUUCUAAAGGUUUAUCAGCUGAUGACGAUACAGAACCGAAUUUAAUUGAUGAGUAUUGCGUAUAUAGAGCUCAAUCGAAAUAUAUCGAUUUAUUAUUUCGUUAUUUAUUACAACAAUCAUCAUUUGAAGCCGUUGCUAUGAAAAUAACCCAUUUUAUCGAACAAUUCUUAAAAAUUCAAAGAAUAUUGCGAGACUUUCAUCAGUACAUCAAAAGUAAAGUCGAUUCGGCUUAUAUGAAUCCUUUGAUGAAGUCUCUUCUUCAUUUAACCUGA